GACACACAGAUAUAACAGUGCGGGUGGGGAGGUGGAAGAGGGAGAGAACGACUAUGAAUCUGUCUGCAACUCAAACACCUCCUUCGACGAUCUACACUUGUCUGUCCAAAUCCGCCUCACCUAACAACAAUCGCAAUCGGCGACUCCUGGAAAUUCGGCCACUGCGAUACGCGAGCACCAAGGAUAAAACUGGGAUGGGGAUUGCUGCGCUUACUGCUACAACCAUGAGGGACAGAAGCAAGAAUCGAAAGCCCCUACAGAGGGGUAGGAAUCUCAGCAUCGAAGCCAUCCAAACUGUUCAGGCACUGAAACGAGCCAACAACAACAACAACGAUGUUGACAAGGAGUCGUCAUUGGAGCAUGUCUUCGAUUCCAAAGUUAGACGUUUGUUGAAGUUGGAUAUGAUUGCCGUUCUCCGCGAACUUCUCCGCCAGAACGAAUGCCUUUUGGCCCUUAAGGUUUUUGAGGAUAUCCGGAAGGAGUACUGGUAUAAGCCUCAAGUCUCAGUGUAUGCAGAAAUUAUUACAGCUUUGGGAAGCAAUAGGUUGCUCAAAAAGGUAGACUGUCUCUUCAUUGAAUUGAAAAGGGAAAGUAGUUUAGAGCCUGAUAUUCAGUGCUUUAAUGCACUGUUUGAAAGUUUGUUGACUUUUAACAGCACUAAACUAGCAAUGGAGGCCUUCUAUUUUAUGAAAUCAAUAGGGGGUGAGCCUGAUAAGUCAACCUUCACAAUACUGAUAAAAGGUUUGGAAUCAAAUGGAGAAACAAGUGUUUCAGCUAUUUUAAGGAGGGAAGCUCAGAAAUACUAUGGUGAAUCUCUAAGUCUUCUAGAUGAGGAAGAAGAGAUGGCAAUGAGCUAAAGGGACUCUUUUGGGUAGUGUAUGAUAUUGUCAAGGUUACGUCAGAUAUCAUGCAAUUGCAUGCUGAACAGUCCUCAGAAUGUGGAAUCAUAGCAAGACCAAUUGGGAAGGAGCUUUUUCAUGCAAGGCACCUUUUGUCAAAGUAUGCUGAAUGUUGAAGAGUCUCUCACACUGUCCAUGUGAUUGCAAAUGUUGGCAUGCCGUUUCUCAGUUGUUCUGGCAGAAGAUUUCAGAUUCCAUGACAUUAUGCAGGGCUAAUCUAUUGAUUAACAGCUCUUACAAACAUAUAGCCCCAAGUCACCACAUUAGCACUUACCUGUUGCCUUCUUUUCACAAUAUGUCUAAUUUUUGUAUGUCAUGCUAAAUAGGAGAUUAUAUCUCACAGGAAAUAACAUUAUUCCUUGUUACAUUCACUGAAAUGGUACAAGCUAGCUUUGUUGUUUACAGUUUAUUGCUUACAUUUAUGGUUCUGGUAAGCAGAACUAU